CAGCACACGAGUGAAUAAUGUUAAUGACAUGAGCCGGAUGCCCAACUGCUGGUUGACUGUACCCACACAUAUCAGCAGCCAUAUAAAAGCAAGACUUACAGAAAGGCGCAUUUAUCGUAUUGCUACCGUCGGAGCACAUUGAUACAGGUUUUCUUUUUCUUUAACGUGUGCAACAACAGAACGCUGAACGAGCUGAUACAGCAGACUCAGAAAUGGCAGUUCUCCAGUCUGUACUUUGUGGUGUCCUCACGCUGACUCUAGUAACAUCGAAACCAAUCUGUCUUAGCGAGGGUGGGGAUUCAGCCGUGUCGUCGGAGUCUAACGAGUCCAUUUCAUCAGAGGAGACGGCCCCUAAUGUUGAGCCUUCACAGCAUCCACCAGUGCUUCCAGAGACGAGCAUGCCUAAUGCUCUGGAGGAACCAGACCCCCCGGGAGCCACGGCUGCACUUCCUCAUCCAGAUUUGGGGCCUUCUCCAUCUACACUCAAUACUUCUAACCCUGAGGAGACACAAACCUCUGCUGAUGAUUUACAGCUUGUGCCAGAUGUGCCUUCACAAACUCCUGUGGGUGUGGGCAUUACUCAGGGCAUGCCUAAUUAUGAUCCUGCAAAUAACGCCGACCCUGUGCAGGUUCGACCAGAUGCAGAGGUCACGCUGCGCUUAGGGCUCACGGCCACAGACAAAAGCAUGGGCACCUGUGGCACAAAUGCGCCACAUAUCGCCAGCGCAUACCAAGAAUUCCCCAAGGGAGUCACUCCACCCUUUCCUCCACAUAUCAUCAGCCCAACAACGCCGUUCUCCACAGCCGCUCCCAUGCCAAUCCCCUUCAGCACUGCUCUGACUGGGGUUCCUGUUUGUUUCACUUUCCAACUGUCAACUCCUGAGCCAGAUCCACCCCGAGGAGACAGCUAAUGCAGACUGUGCUUAGGGCCACUCCUGCUCCAGUUUUCUUGUUUAUACUGUGUAACAGUGUUUAUUACAUUUACCAAUGUUUAACAAAAACAAACUUUACUUUACUUCACAUUGUGUAAUAAUGGUGCAGGUACUGUAACUGCUACUGUAUAUGCAGGCAAUACUUGUAUAAUGUGCUGUAGUUGAUUCACGUAGUUGACACGUUAAGCCGAAUAACCCCUUGUUAUUAAAGGCUAUGACUAAUCAAAUGAACACAAUACACAAAUGUGUGGUAAUUGUCAGAUUUAUUCUUUAUUCGAAUUUCAUAUUUUGUAAAAUAGUCACACCUGGCCUGAAAACAAUAAAGACAAAACACACGUGA